UUGUGUGUAUCCUGAAUGAAAGAGCAAGUGAAGCGUGUUGUGUUGCGCUGGCCGCUCCGCUUAGGAAAGUGACGUGCAAUCUGACUCGCUCGGUCGGGGCUCUGCAUAGUUGGAAUCACGCCGGGAGUGCCUUCGGGGGGGACCUCUGAGCUCCACCAAGGAGGUCAGUCGAGGAGGAGUUGAUGGAAAGAGCAGAGCGAGACAGGAGGAGGCAAUUCCAAGCCCCGUUGAAUUUUUUACAAGGGAGCUCUCCAGCAUCAAACUGCGUGGAUGGACUGCCAGAAAGAGUUUGAGCCAGAGUGACACGUACAGAAAGACAGCGAGGAGCGACUCAUGAGUCAUCCUGGUCGGAGGGGAAGAAGAAGCAGCAGCAGCAAAUUGUUGUGCAUGUCCUCCAAGGAGUUGGAUGUAAUCCUGCUUGCUACGUGUAGAUGAAAGGACGAGCAGCAGGAAAGCACAUUGCAGCAGAGAAAGGGAGUGGGCAUGACUGCUGUCUGGCGGAAAAGCAACCCCAAACAACGCCAAGCCACUUUCUGCUGCACGACUUGUAUCGAGCUGUAAUCAAGAGGAAGGCCAACCCUGCUUUCUCUGAGCAGCUGACUUUGAAGGCCGAUUGGAAAGUCAUCCAUCCAGGCCACAGAGAUGUCCUCAAACGAGCUGAGCGUGGAGAUGGACUCGUGCAUUCGGACGUUCAAGGAGCAUAUGCAUUUAGAACUGGAGCCUCCCAAGGCGGGGGGAGGGAAACGGGGCGCCACGUCCCCCAAACUUUCCCCGCGGAGCUCGCCCAGGCUCUUCCGGAAGCUGAUGGUCAACAAGAGCAUCAGACAGAGGCGACGCUUCACUGUCGCUCACACCUGUUUUGAUGUGGAGAAUGGCCCCUCAGCCAGCUGCAGUCCUCUGGACCCCCAGGCCUCCCCUGGUUCUGGACUUGUCCUGCACACCAACUUCCCAAAUCACAACCAGCGCAGAGAGUCCUUUUUGUAUCGCUCCGACAGCGACUAUGAUCUGUCACCCAAGUCCAUGUCACGGAACUCGUCCAUUGCCUCUGAGCUACAUGGUGAUGACCUGAUUGUGACGCCUUUUGCUCAGGUCCUGGCGAGCCUUCGAAGUGUGAGAAAUAACUUCACUGUACUGACCAAUGUCCAGUGUGCCUCCAGCAAGAGGUCUCCUGCUGCCGCCACAAAUCAGCCUGCAGUCACCAAAGUGUGCCUCCCAGAUGAGGCGUACCAGAAGCUGGCCACGGAGACUACGGAGGAGUUGGACUGGUGUCUGGACCAGCUGGAGACCAUCCAGACCUAUCGCUCUGUCAGCGACAUGGCCUCCACCAAGUUUAAGAGAAUGUUGAAUCGGGAGUUGACGCACCUAUCUGAGAUGAGUCGCUCUGGGAAUCAGGUGUCCGAAUUCAUCUCCAACACUUUCCUAGACAAACAAAAUGAGGUGGAGAUCCCAUCGCCCACCUCCAAGACACGGGAGAAGAAGAAGCAGCACAAGCAGCAGCUGAUGACGCAGAUCAGCGGCGUCAAGAAGAUCUCCCACGGCUCUUCGCUUUCCAGCUGCAGCGUCUCGCGUUUCGGCGUCAAAACCGACAAAGAGGAGUUGCUGUCCAAGGAACUGGAGGACCUGAACAAAUGGGGCCUGAAUAUCUUCACCGUUUCCGAGUACUCCAACAGCAGACCUCUUACCUGCAUCAUGUACGCCAUCUUUCAGGAGCGAGAGCUGUUGAAAACGUUUAAGAUUCCAGUGGACACAUUUGUGGCCUACAUGAUGACCCUGGAGGAUCACUACCAUUCCGACGUGGCCUACCACAACAGCCUGCAUGCAGCUGACGUGGCCCAGUCCACGCACAUCCUCCUUUCUACUCCAGCCCUCGAUGCUGUCUUCACCGACCUUGAAGUCCUCGCUGCCAUCUUUGCCGCUGCCAUCCACGAUGUUGAUCAUCCCGGAGUAUCGAACCAGUUUCUCAUCAAUACCAACUCGGAGCUGGCGCUGAUGUACAACGACGAGUCCGUGCUGGAGAAUCACCACUUGGCUGUGGGAUUCAAACUCCUGCAGGAAGAAGGUUGCGACAUCUUCCAGAACCUCACCAAAAAGCAGCGACAGUCCCUACGCAAGAUGGUCAUCGACAUGGUUUUAGCUACCGACAUGUCCAAACACAUGAGUCUGUUGGCCGAUCUGAAGACAAUGGUGGAAACCAAGAAGGUGACGAGCUCCGGAGUGCUGCUGCUGGACAAUUACACCGACAGAAUACAGGUGCUGCGAAACAUGGUGCACUGCGCCGACCUGAGUAACCCCACAAAAUCCCUGGAGUUGUACCGUCAGUGGACCGAUCGGAUCAUGGAGGAAUUCUUCCACCAGGGUGACCGGGAGAGGGAGCGAGGCAUGGAGAUCAGUCCCAUGUGCGAUAAACAUACAGCUUCGGUGGAAAAGAGCCAGGUGGGUUUCAUCGACUACAUCGUCCACCCUCUGUGGGAAACUUGGGCCGAUCUGGUCCAUCCCGACGCCCAGGACAUCCUGGACACGCUGGAAGACAACAGGAACUGGUACCAGAGCAUGAUCCCCCAAAGUCCCUCCCCGCCCUUUUACGAUCAGGGUUCUCAUGGACAUGGCGGAGGCACAGGAGGCCAGGGAGCUGGGGACAAGUUUCAGUUUGAGCUAACCCUGGAGGAGGAGGAGGACUUGGACGGAAUAGAGAAAGACGGCCAAGUGGAGGAGCAAGAGGAAGAAGAUGAGGCAAUCGACGAGGAGGAGGACAGCCUAGGAGAUGGUGGAUCUCCUCCUCCGGACUACCGGGAGCACGACGAGGGCGACCCGAUGGAGCCCACGUCCACCAUCGAGAUCGUGACGCACGAGGCGUCGCCCACGGACACAUAGGGCUUCCGUCAGCAGCAGCAGAAAGAGUUUUUGGAAAAAGAGGGGCGAUCCUCACGCAGCUGUGCUUUUUAACAAGGCCUCAGAAGCAAAGGCUUAGUUUUGGCCCGCACGAGGCCGUCUUGCACUUGGGUGUUUGAAGCAAGCCAGCCAGCCAGCCAGGCACGGAUAGUUUCGGAGAAGCAGCUUCAGAGUUCUCAGGAAAUAUUUACUGCAAACAUCCUGAUCCUGGUCACGCAAGAACGGCGGUAGAAAUUGAAGGAUGUUGGCCAGUUUGGGAAAUGGGACUGGUGGUAAAUGGACAUUGACACUACUGAGAGACAUUUUGUAACUUAAGACUUUUUACACAGAUAGCGUAUAGAAAGAAGUAGCAUAGAAUAAGAUCUACUGAUGGAGACCUGUUUGUAUAGCAAGAGAAAGUGUUGACUUUUUCCUCUACCAUUUGUCGAAGAACUUUUGUGUGCCUUUUUUACUAAUGUCUUGAUAUAUAUUUUUUAUUUAUUGAACACUCUAGUACAGUAUGUCUGUGAAAUGUUUUUCUUAUCUGAGAGAGUCAAAUCAUUUUUGUAUGUCAAAAGGAGAACAGUCUUCCGUGUAUUGGGCAAUAGAGAAAUCCCGUGUCGACAAACCACCCACCGACUGACCCUUGGAUGAAAUUGGGGAAAGUGAAUGAAUGCGUUUUGUCACAAUUGUUUCUUAGUCGGAGCACGACAUUGUUUCAACGCAGCUCCAUUUCAUGACAACGUUCAUCCGUAGAUCUUUUCAUACUUCUCAAUGAAAUAUCGCUGGUCUUAAAAUAGUAAGAAUACAGUGUGGGCGGGCUUCCUAACUUUUCAGUGGAGUCAUGAAUGAUGGAAAAUUGGAGUCAUUAACUUUGUUUUGCCUUUUUCAGCGUUUUUCCAUACGAGCAUGACAUCCAAACAGGAAAAAAGAUUCAACCAUAGUCCUGCCACAAAAUGACAGCAAAUAAUCAUUAUACAUAUAUUUUUUUACCACUUUCACCUAACUUACUAGAGGGCCGGUCUCAUGGGUCAAAGAAGAAUAUCAUAUUGUAAAAAAAAUAUAUAUAUAUAUGGCAUUUUAGUUGCAUUUGCGAGUACUUUUAUUUCAUGGGAAAUUUAAGGAAAAAAUUCUAUUUUGAACUGGCAGGUAUGCUGCAGUCUUAAUAAUCCUGUUAGUUGGAACUGCUGGUGACCCCAGCCAGGCCCAUCUGAUGCAAUGUCCUUCUCCCCCUAUGCAAUCAAGGCCCUGCACAUUUAAGGUGCUCUUCCAGCUGCCAGCUUUGCUCUGCUCUCAUCUCAUCAGUGCAACAUAGUUGACAAAGCCCUCCCGCCCUCCCUCCCUCUCGCUGCUCUCUGUCUCUCGCCACCAAGGAGAGCAGCCAAAACAAUCAGGCCAGCUAUUUCUUACUUGUGAUGAAAAUCCCUCAAGUGCUGCUUCCGCCCAAUGACGUCAUUUAAAGGAGAGCAUUACCAAAAAAAAAAAAAAGCCCCUUUACUGUUUUGGGUUUCUAGAACAGUUACAAAUCGACUCGCAUGGAGUCAAGCAAAUUGGAAAAGAUUUUAUUCCCAUCAUAGUUUCCAAACGAUGGUUUGAAAAGGGUUGUCGACCUCACGUUUUUCAUCCGCUCAAAGUUUGUUUGUCUUACCUUCCUUUGUUUACUAAAAUGGUACUUGGUCAAAUUUCACUCCAGGAUACUUCACUGGCAAUCAUGUGUGAGUGUGUGUGUGUUUUUGUACGGUGGAGUGUGUUGACUUUGCCAUUGGCCUUAUACUCCUCCCUCCCCAUCACGCCUCACCUUUGUGUUUGUCGCUAAAAGCUCAAGUUGGUCUCUCUGCUGUUUAUAACAGUGUAUAUUUAUUGGAUACGUUAAGCAUGUAAAUAAGAAAUUCUGGUUGAGUGUAAAGGUAAUUUUCUAAUUUAUAUGCACUUGCAUUACCUGGAAGUGGUGGUGUCUAAUGUGUAGAAGAAGACUCUAGAAUGGAGUCUUGUUUUCUUUUCUAUCUUGUUCUAUAGAUAUAUUGACACAAAACACAAUUUGACAUUGUGUAUAUAAACUGCACACUGUUUUCCAGUGCCCAUCAAAGUAGGAGCUGAAGGAAAGUUGUCAUAUGACAACCUUGUCGUGACCAAAUCACCAACGUUUUCAAUUCUUUGAAAAUGAUUGAACGAAAUCGUAAACCAAAAAUGAUCUCAUCGCUUUAACUACGAACUGAUGUCGGGGUUUUUGUUUUAGCUGCAUGCUAAUUGGUGUUGAUUUGUCUUUGGUUUAUCAGGACCAUAAUUUUCAAAACUACAAGGUUGUCAUGCGACAGCCAUUGGGUGACCCAGAUGUGAACGCUUGGAAAUAGGACACGUAAGCGGAACAGGCAUUUCCUAUCCAAUUAUACAAAUGUCUUAUUUUAUCUCAGCAGCUUGUUAAUUGCAACUGCAAAGUUUGAGAAUCACAAGGCUAAAUGAUCUCGUGCACAUCACGUAAAAGUGGAUGUCACUGCAACGGUCUUGGUGGCAUGCGCACGGCACGGCACGGCACGGCACACACACACGCGCAGUUGAUCUGCGAUAACGGUCUUAUGUAACUGUGCUACUGUGUAAACUAUUCCUGACCAAACUUGUUAGCAGUUUUGGAGAAAGCAUUUUGUUCAGUAUUAACAUUGUUUCUCUCUAUGUUGAUGCUUUUUGCUCCUAGUUGUCCAAAUGGUUAGCCUGAUUUAGCACUAUCUGCAUGACAGGUGAUUUUUUUCUUAUUCUACAUUUAGGUCCACCCGUUGUUGCAGGUGGCUUAAUAAAUGUUUCACACAAUGUAUGGCAUUAUAUUGUAUAUUGUGUUUCAAAAGAAAUACUUUUUCUAAGAAGCGAUUAAAGGUAAAGCAUGAAUUGA